AUGUCAGAUGAACUGUUAGCUUUACGACACAAAAAGGCAUUAGAAUUACUAAAUAAGCCAGGACAGAGAGAGUCUUUUGAGGAGUGGACCAAAAAUUCUAUUAAUAUAACUGCAUUGAAAGAUUAUUCAUCUUAUCAAAAGGGAAAAGAAAAACUUAUAUUUCAAACAUCAGCAAUAUUAAGAAACUUCAAUAAUAUACAAAAUUCUAAUAAACCUAAGUUACAAAUUAUUGACUCGAAAUUUACAACUAUGACAUUAUCAAAAUUUGAUAAACUUCCCUCGGAUUUUGUGAUUUCUCCUGAUAAUUCGCAUGCUGUAUUUUCAAAGUUAAUCGAAAAAUCUGAGAAUGAUGAUCGUUCUUAUCGCUUGAUUCGUCUAAAUAAUGAAUUAGAAGCAUUGCUUAUUCAUGAUCCUGAAACUGACAAGUCUAGUGCUGCUUUAGAUGUUCAUGUUGGACAGUUAUCUGACCCAGACAAUUUAGAAGGUCUUGCUCAUUUCUGUGAACAUCUUUUAUUCAUGGGCACAAAAAAGUAUCCAAAAGAAAAUGAAUACUCUGAGUACCUAUCAAAUCAUGGUGGAUAUUCAAAUGCAUAUACUAGUGUAGAUCAUACAAAUUAUUAUUUUGAAGUAGCUCAUGAAAAUUUGGAAGAAUUUAAAAAAAAUCUUCAGUCUGAUUCCAGAAGAUUAUAUCAAGUUGAUAAAGCUAUAUCAAACCCAAAGCAUCCUUAUAAAAAAUUUGGUACUGGAAAUUUAGUUACCUUAAAAGAUAAUCCACUUAAAGAAGGAUUGGAUAUUAGAGAUGACAAAUAUAAUGAAAUUGAACCUUUGGAUCAAUUAACUCGAUGGGUGGUGGAUAAAUUUUCUGAUGUUAAUAAUAAAUCAAUACCAGCACCAAGUUUUGAAGAAAACCCUUUUACUAAAAAUGAAUUGAUGAAAAAAGUAUAUGUUAAACCUAUUAAGGAUUUAAUAAAUUUGGAAAUAAAGUUUCCUUUUCCAGUUCAAGAUCCUUUAUUCCGUACUAAGCCUGGAAGGUAUAUAUCACAUUUAUUGGGUCAUGAAGGUACUGGCUCUAUAUUUUCACUGUUGAAAAAGAAAGGUUUAGUAAAUUCUUUAGGUGCAGGAUCAGGAGAUGUGAGUGCAGGAUUUGGAUUCUUCAAUAUUGAUGUUGAUUUAACUGAAUCUGGUCUAGAAGUUGUUAAAAUCAUUUUUCAAUACAUUAAAAUGUUGAAAAACGAAGGAAUUAAAGAGUGGAUAUAUAAUGAGGCCAAAACUCUUUCUGCCAUAUCAUUUAAAUUCAAAGAAAAAUCUCGACCUGAAAGUUACACUUCUUAUCUUUCCAAUGCUUUGCAAAGUUCAUAUCCUCGUGAAUGGGUCUUAAGUAAACCCUAUAUUUUCAGGGAAUACAAUCCUAAGUUAAUCCAGGAAAGUUUAGAUUGGUUAAGACCUGAUAAUUUUAACCUUACUUUAGUCAGUCAAACUUUUACUGAUUUGGAUCAAAAAGAAAAAUGGUAUGGUGUAGAGUAUAAAGUUGAACCCAUCAGUGAAAACCUUCUUCAGGAAUUAAAAUCAGAAACUAUUGACUCUGAAUUAAAACUUCCAUUAUCAAAUGAGUUUAUUCCAACAAACUUUGAGAUUAAAAAACAAGAAGUCAUUACUCCCCUCAAACAUCCAAAUUUAAUUAAAAACACCGACUUGGUUCGUAUUUGGUAUAAAAAAGAUGAUACAUUUUGGGUACCUAAAGUUUACAUUUGGUUCAAAAUUCAAUGUCCACUAGUGUAUACUACGCCAGCCCAUGCUGUCAAGGCUCGUUUAUAUACUGAUUUAAUAACAGAUGCAUUAAAUGAAUACUCCUAUAAUGCAGAAGUUGCAGGGCUUCAUGCUAGUUUACGAUAUGGCAAUGAUGGAUUUUACUUUUUCAUUUCUGGAUACAAUGAUAAAGUGGUGGUUCUUUUAGAAAAAGUACUUUUGAAAGUGAAGGAUUAUGAGGUUGAUUCAAAAAGGUUUGAUAUACACAAGGAAAAACUACUACGAAUAUAUCGUAAUACCUUAUAUGACAAACCUUACCAAAUUGCAAUGUAUUAUGUUUCUAAUUUACUUUAUCAAAAAUUUUGGACAAAUGAAGAAAAAUUAUCUGCAUUGGAGAAUAUUGUUAGUCAGGAUAUUCAAAAUUUCUAUUCAUAUAUAUUAAAUAAUUUACAUAUUGAAUGUUUAGUUCAUGGAAAUGUUGACAAGGAAGAUUCACUAAAAUAUAUAAAAAUUUUUGAAGAUAUUCUAAAACCCAAGUCACUUUCUCCUUCACAAAAAAUUGGGGAUAGACCAAUUUUAUUACCAGUGGGAAAAAGAUAUGUCUAUCAACGUGAUGUUUAUGAUACUAAUAAUGUCAAUUCAGCAAUAGAAUAUUAUAUUGAAAUUUGUCAUAAUAAAGAUGUUAAAUCAAGAAACAAAUUAAGUAUAUUUGCACAAAUUAUUAAUCAACCUUUUUUUGAUCAAAUCAGAACUAAAGAACAAUUGGGAUAUUUGGUAUUUAAUGGGAUAAAAACAACUGCUGGAAUAAUGGGUUUAAGAUUUAUAAUUCAAAGUGAAAAGGAUCCAAAUUAUCUUGAACAUCGAAUUGAAGAAUUUAUUAAAACAUCACAAAAAAUAAUAGAAGAAAUGUCAGAUGAAGCAUAUGAGAAACACAUUCAAUCAAUCAUUACAAUAAAAACAGAAAAGCCUAAAAAUUUAUAUCAAGAAGCUUAUAGAUAUUGGAAUCAUAUUACUAAUGGAUAUUAUGAAUUUAAUAAAACUGAAACUGAUGUUGAAGAAUUACGUAAAAUUACAAAAUCAGAAAUACUUGAUUUUUUCAAAGAUCAUUUUUAUACAACAUCACCAAAUCAUAAAAAACUUUCAGUACAUUUGAAAUCACAGAAAAAAGUCCAAAAAACCAAACCAAUUGACAUAAAACAUCUUCAUUCAUGUUUAAAUGAACAAGGAAUCACUAAAUUUGAUAUAAGAGAAUUAGAAGAGACUUUAGAUUCUACUGAAUCAGAAAAAAUUGAUGCACAGGCAUUAGAAGAGAUUUUGACAACAUUGUUAAUUGAUGAGAGUAAGGCAAAUGAAGAAGAAAUUGAAAUCUUGAUGAAAAAGAUUAGCAAAUCAUAUUUGAAUAAUGGUGGUAAUGAAAGUAGCAGUAAUAUUACUAAAGAUUUGAAUGGUGAUGGUGAUUGCAAUAAUAAAAAUAAAGAGAAUGGUAUUGGAAAACAAGAAAUUCAUGUUGAUAAUGAAUUGGUUGAAGAUAUUGUUUUAUGGAAAUCUAGCAUGAAUUUAGGACCAGCACCAAUUCCUAAUGUUGAUUUAAAUAAUUUUAUUGAAACAACAAAAUAA